ACAAUUCAGUUCGUCGUCGCCUGCCUUCCGUUGCGCACACACUCAGUCCGCGAGAUACUCAGUUCGCGUGCGCCAAAGCAACAGAAAGAAAGAUACAAAGAUAUAAAGAUACAGAUCUGCAAGAUACAAACACCUUUGAAAGCAAAAAAUCCCUUGAGAUCCCAUACCAAGCUUAAAGUGCUGAAAAUGCAGCUAGCUUUAUAAGUGCCAAGUGUUGACAAGUGACCAGAUACAAUAUCUAAAUACCUGACCAAGGUAUUUUCUAGUUAAGUCCUUAUAGAGAACGAAUAGAUACCCUACAAAAUGCUGGUUGGUUCGCAUCCGUAUUUGUGCAACGGCGUUGUGCCCGCUGCCCCCGCAAAUACCGCUCCGAAUGCCAGUGCACAAACAACAACAACCACCGCCAGCAAAAGUGCCGCCGGCUCAGCGACGGACUUCUCCAUCGCCGCCAUCAUGGCCCGCGAAGAUGCCUCCAGUCGGGAGUCCUCCAUCCGCAGUGCAAGUCCCAUUUCGGUGGAGGAUGAGGUUGACGUUGAUGUGGUCGACUGCAGCGAUGCCGAGGAGCCGCCGACCAAGGCGCGACGUUUGAACCACCAUCAGCACCACCAUCACAACCACCACAACCACAACAACAACAAUAACAACAACAAUAAUGUGGCACACAAGAGUCGCAACAGCGGUGGCGCCGUGGCACAAACAGCUUCCGCCGAAUCGCAGCUAAACACCAGCUCCACCAGCAGCCAAGGACGCUGCUCCACACCGCCCCAAUCCCCGGGAACGGAGGACAGUGAGGAGCGUCUGACACCCGAACCGGUGCAGAAGGCACCCAAAAUCGUUGGCUCCUGCAAUUGCGACGAGCUGAAGCCGGUGCAGUGCCACCUGGAGACCAAAGAGCUGUGGGAUCGCUUUCACGAUCUCGGCACCGAGAUGAUCAUCACCAAAACGGGCAGACGCAUGUUCCCCACUGUGCGCGUGAGUUUCUCGGGUCCGCUGAGGCAAAUCCAGCCCGCCGAUCGCUACGCCGUCCUCAUGGACAUCAUCCCCAUGGACUCGAAGCGGUAUCGGUACGCCUACCAUCGAUCCGCUUGGCUGGUGGCCGGCAAGGCUGACCCCGCCCCCCCAGCCCGCCUCUACGCCCAUCCCGACAGUCCCUUCAGCUGCGAGGCGCUGCGCAAACAAGUUAUCUCCUUCGAGAAGGUGAAGCUGACUAAUAACGAAAUGGAUAAGAACGGACAGAUCGUUUUGAACUCGAUGCACCGCUACCAGCCCAGGAUCCACUUGGUGCGUCUGAGCCAUGGCCAGAGCAUUCCGUCGAACCCCAAGGAACUGCAGGACUUGGACCACAAGACCUAUGUGUUCCCCGAAACCGUCUUCACGGCGGUGACGGCCUACCAGAACCAGCUGAUCACCAAGCUGAAGAUCGACUCGAAUCCCUUCGCCAAGGGAUUCCGCGACUCCUCCCGCCUCACCGACUUCGAUCGCGAUCCCAUGGAGGCCCUGCUCCUGGAGCAGCAGCUCCGCUCGCCCCUGCGUCUCUUUCCCGAUCCGCUGAUGCAACAGUUUGCCGCCCAGGGGGAUCCCUCCUCGAUGGCGCUUUUCGAGAAGGCGCGCCAGCAUCUGCAGAUGUUCGGUGGCAACUCCCCGUAUGCCCAGCUGAUGAUGCCACAAAUGUAUCAGGCGGCGGCGGCGGCAGCGGGACCACCUCCUCCUCCUCCUGGAUUGGGGGCAUUCCACAUGUUCCAGCAGCAGUGGCCGCAACUUACCGCCGGCUUUUUGGCCAGCGCCAAUCAGCAGGCCGCCGCCGCCCAAGCCGCCGCUCAGGCUCAAGCGCAGGCGCAGGCGGCCGCGGCGGCAGCAGCGAUGGCCGCCAACCGGACGCCCCCGCCCCCGCCCACCGCUUCGACUCCCUCGUCGACGUCAUCGGGAUCGCCGUCGCCCGAUAUGCGACCGCGUCAGUAUCAGCGCUUCAGUCCCUACCAACUGCCCGGCGGUCAGGGGCAGGGGCAGGGUCAGGGGCCACCGUCCUCGGCCGCCGGCUCCCCGCCAGCGGUCCACGCCUCCCGCAGCCCCGCCCACUAAGCUGACAGCCAGCAAGUUCUUGCCACGAGCAGUAUUAUAACUAGAAACAUUGAGGUUGAAAGUCGUCAUCUAUCAGAAAUACUACAAAAAACAUUAUGAAAAAAUACCGAAAAAUACUAAAAAGUGUUAAAGCUGAUUUUUAAUCAUUUUAUUUAAAUAUUAAUAACAAACUAAAAUGGAAUUCAAAAAUUCUUCAAAAAACUUCCUUUACUUUUUUUUGUUUCUUAAAUUUUUAUGACGACUUUUAGUCUCAAUGCAAAACUAAACGAAAAAGAAAACCUCUUCUUGAAUGUUGUAAAUUAUUUGUUGUUCAUACAUAAAAAGCUAAGAAACCAUUUCUCUCUAUUUGUUGUAAAAAUUUUGAAUAAUUUAUAAGCUGUACAGUUCUUCUCACUUUCCCCUAGAGAAUUUUUGUAAUUUAGUUUAAUUUAUUGUACAAAUGUUUCAAUGUUGUUCAAGACAAACUCAUCUCAGUGUAAAGUUAGAACAAAAUUCACUCAAAAAUCUAUGCAUAUAAAAAAGCAGAAAAUAAAUAUUUAUAAAUAAAAAAUGCUGCACGAUUGUAAACUAUAUAUAGCUAUAUAGUGUAAACAUUAAUCGUUAGUUAUGCUAUUACAUCUAAUGAUAUAUUCAUAGUAUUAACAAUAAAUUCAUAGACGCUUCAGUUAGUUCUAUUUAUCCGGCGAAAACGAGAAGAUUUAUUUAGCAUAAAUUAGAGGAGAGUAAAACCAUAAUCUGUAUUCAAUGUGAACGCUAAUGAAAAGUGAAAGCACGAAAAAUAUUUAAACAAAAACUAUUAAACAAAAAAAAUACAAAAAAAAACACAAACAUACAAAAACAAAUCAAAAA